AUGACUGCAGCUCCAACAACCACAACUGUAGCUGCAACAACCACAACAGUCGCACAAACAACCACGACAGCCGCACCAACAACCACAACAUCUGCUCCAACAACCACAACUGCAGCUCCAACAACCACAACAACUGCACCAACAAGCACGACUGCAGCUCCAACAACCACAACACCCGCUCCAACAACCACAACUACAGCCCCAACAUCAACAACCACCGCACCAACAACCACGACUGUAGCUCCAACAACCACAACACCCUCACCAACAACCACGACUGCAUCUCCCACAACCACAACAGCUGCACCAACUACCACAACUGGAGCUCCAACAACCACAACAGCGGCACCAACAACCACAACAGCCGCUCCAACAACCACUACCCCUGCUCCAACAACCACUACACCCGCUCCAACAACCACAACCGCCGCACCAACAACCACAACUACUACUCCAAUAUCAACAACCACCGCACCACAAACCACGAGUGCAGCUCCAACAACCACAACGACCACACCAACAACCACGACUGCUGCUCCAACAACCACUACACCCGCUCCAACAACCACAACAGCCGCACCAACAACCACGACUUCAGCUCCAACAACCAUGACUGCAGCUCCAACAACCACAACUGUAGCUGCAACAACCACAACAGUCGCACAAACAACCACGACAGCCGCACCAACAACCACAACAUCUGCUCCAACAACCACAACUGCAGCUCCAACAACCACAACAACUGCACCAACAACCACGACUGCAGCUCCAACAACCACAACACCCGCUCCAACAACCACAACUACAGCCCCAACAUCAACAAUUGAACCUGCUUACAAAAAGGCAUUUCCUUCUUCAUUUGUCUUCUUGGCCGUUGUCAACUUCAGCUCCAACUAUGACUGCAGCACCAACAACCACAACUGCAGCUCCAACAACCACAACAGUCGCACCAACAACCAUAACAACAGUACCAACAGCAACGACUUCAGCUCCAACAACCACAACAGCCACACCAACAACCGCGACUGUAGCUCCAACAACCACAACAUUCGCACCAACAACCACAACAUUCGCACCAACAACCACAACUACAGCUCCAACAACCACAACAGCUCCAACAACCACGACAGCCGCACCAAUAACCACGACUGCAGCUCCAACAACCACAACAGCCGCACCAACAUCCACGAUUGA